UUCAGAGAAUCUGAAUAUCUUGGUGGAAACAAGUGAUUUAUCAUUGUUAUUUCAUUUUGUGGUGCGAAUUACAAAAAUAUACUUCUCACCUUCGGAUGUAUUUGGUUCGCCCUCGGUCCCAGUCACGGUACGAGAGUGUAUCGACCGCUCCGAAAAGUUAUCGAGCGCCUGUAAAUAGUGAGUUCUUCGAUGGCCACAGAUCUCAAGAAAACGCUGCGAAAUGUGUUCAAAUUCCGUGAAUUCAAGUCGGAACUACAACAGAGGGCGUGUGAGACAGUUAGCAAAGGCAGACAAGAUGUGUUUGUCUCCAUGCCGACUGGCUCAGGAAAGUCCCUGUGCUACCAACUUCCCGCCGUAGUCGCUCCCGGGAUAACUAUCGUCUUCUCUCCCCUGAUAGCACUAAUACAGGACCAAGUUACUUACUUGCGAACGCUAAAGAUUACGGUAGAAACUCUUAACUCAAAACUGCCUGAGAGUGAGCGUAAGCGAGUAAUGAAGGACUUAUAUUUUGUAAAGCCGACCGUUAAGUUACUCUACAUCACUCCUGAACUUGCGGCUACUCCUGGCUUUCAAAAAGUUUUGGAUUCUUUAUAUAAAAGGAAGCUGUUGUCCUUAUUUGCUGUUGAUGAGGCGCACUGCGUCUCUCAGUGGGGACAUGACUUCCGUCCAGAUUAUCUCCGGCUUGGUAAAUUACGGAAUAAGUAUAAAGACGUUGCCUGGGUUGCUCUGACAGCUACGGCAACAUCAAGAGUAAAGGAGGAUAUUCUGACAGCAUUGCACAUGCAAUCCAAUGUUGCAGUAUUCAAGAGCCAGUGCUAUCGCCCUAACCUCUACUAUGAUAUCAGUUUUAAAGAGCUUCUUGAGGACCCUUAUGCAGAUCUUAAGCAGUUUGCAGAUGCUGCCCUGGAAGAUGAGGACUCCGGUGAAGCAAAGGGGAGUGGUAUAAUCUAUUGUCGUACGAGGGAUGCCUGUCAAGAGGUAGCUUCCAGACUUUCCAGGAAGGGAUUAUCAGCAAAGCCCUACCAUGCAGGACUGAAGUCAGAUAAGAGGGAUAAGGUUCAGCAGGAAUGGAUGGAAGGCAAGGUGGCUGUGAUCUGUGCCACUAUCAGCUUUGGCAUGGGUGUGGACAAGGGCGACGUCAGGUUUGUGGCCCACUGGAGUCUUCCACAAUCUAUGGAGGGAUACUACCAGGAGUCAGGCAGAGCAGGAAGAGAUGGACAACCAUCCUACUGCCGCCUGUAUUACUCACGUGCUGAGAGAGAUCAAGUUUUGUUUUUAAUCAAGAAUGACAUGAAGAAGAGACUGAAAAAAGCUAAUGCCGCUCAAAAGAACAAGGCGGUCCAAGUAAGCUUUCAGGCUGUGGUCGAAUACUGUGAAGAGCCGAGCUGCCGGCAUGGUAGAAUAGCCAAGUACUUUGGUGACGAAAUGCCUCAGUGCAACAAGGGCUGCGAUUACUGCAAAACUCCGCGCCUUUGCGAGUCAAACGCUGAUCACUGGCGCCGAGGAGUUAUGUCGGGGAGCAUGAAGAAGGGGAAAAUGGCCAGCGGUCAUACUUACAUUGCGCAUGCACCGUCUUCAGGGGAAGACCCAGACCUCUACGGGGGAGGGCGGCGCGGUUAUGAUAUCACCUCUUACGAUGACGAAGAAACGAGCGGCAAAGAUGGCGGCUCAGAUGACGAGAGAUCCUUCCGCUCCAAGCUGAUACAGAGUGAGUUCAAAAAGAGGCGUGGUACCCAGCCCAGGACUUCAUCAGCCAAUGACGACACACCGGGGUGGGGAUGCCGGCUUAAGGAGGCGUCAAACUUUGUGCAUAUCUCCAGGCUACCUGUGAAGGUCCGCGAGUACUGCCUACAGAUGAUAGAGACCGCCUUGAAAGCUAACGUCCGGGCGUCCGGAGCAGUGGACCGUCUGUCCGACCUUUUGUAUACUGCCGAACGAAAUGCCGUAGACUUGGAAUACUCUGUUUUCCGUAGCAGCAAACUUCACACCACUUACCGCGCCAACUGCAUGAAGAAAGCGAAGGAAAUCAAGGCUGCCACUUCGGCUGGGGAGAAUUUUGACUGCAAUGUAGACGUUAAGGGGGAAGAAGAGAGAAAAGUUUCCUUACAGGAGCUGAAGGAUAAAGAAUUGAAGGCAAGAGAGGCUUUUCUCAAGCAGGAAGGUGUCAGGGAUGUAGCGAUAACGGACAUGUUGUCACAGGAGAGUGAAUCUGCAGGCGAGGGGAGUGGGCCAGAUAAGACGUCCGCGUUUGUGACUGCUCGUACCCUCCUAGAAAAAGGGAGUUCGUCACAGUCAGGGGCCAGCAAAGAUCACGAAGAGGAUGGAAGGUCAUUUGAGACGUUAAGGCCUGCCAAGCCCCUAAAAGGGUCCGUUCGAUUUCAUGACAACAUUCACGAAGCCUAUUUAGAUGACUUUGAUAGCAAUAUCGAUUAUGAUUAUGGUAUUGAUCAUAUCGAUGAUAAUCAGUGUGCUUAUGUGGAUAAAGGGAUCGAGAGAGAUUUUGACAAUGAUGACUACAGAAUGGCUGAUCGCUGUGAUGAUGAAGGUAGAACGAGAUCAAAUAGCACAUUUACGACUGCGGGGGAAAUUCUAACGUCUUCAAAAGCAAAUAGUGGUAAAGUUAUGGGUUCCAAAUCCUCCUGCUCGUUUGUAGCUGCAAGUAGCCUUCGAAGAGAAAUAUCUAAAAGAUUCACCUCGGAGACUGAUGUGUCAGACAAAGAUGAAAGACGAGUGGCGAAGUCUUCUCAGAAUACGCGUGAAAAGCCUACAAAAACAAAGAGGACAAAGAAAAUAAUCCACAAUUCUGGUCCCUCUAUUAAGACGUUUUUCACAUCAAAGGAGAGUCUGGGGACUAGUGUAUCAUCCGUAGGAGAACACGUGACCUCUAUGCCGAGUGAGCCUGGUGCGGAUGAGACAGGAGGGUUCCAGGAAAAGUUUGAGAACUCGUCCAAGAAGCGUUUCUUGAAAUGCGUAGGGAAAACCUCUAGGAUUGCGGCAACGCACCCAGUAGAUGAGUUGCGAGCGAGUAAGAAGCCCAGACUUGCAAAAGUUGAGGUACCAUGCAAUAAAGAAACUGAUUUGGACGAAAGAGUCAAUGAUACCUUAACGAGUACAGAUGGACAAUUAUCUCUACGAGGAACAUCAGGCUCAGUGACGAAUACUUUGGAGGAUUUAGCAGCUAGCAUAUCUUCGACAGCAAGUUGUAAUCCGAAAGACAGUUCUAUGAUACCUCCAUCUGGCACCGGGAAAUCCACGGAAUCUUCACUUGAUAACCACACAACACGUGCUACAGAGCCCCGGACUGACCCUGUCCUUCACCCUGACCCUGACCUUGAACUUGACCCUGACCUUAACACUAAUAGAACAGAGCGAAGUGACAGAGCGAAGAGACGGUCUCGACACGAUCAUAAACAUAGACACACUUCUUCGAUCAGCCAUCGUAAUGAUGUCAAAAUGACGUUACUGAUGGCGAAUAAAAAGCCGUCGUCUCCAUGGAAACCAUCUGGACCGACGCCAGGGAGUGUCAAAGGCGUGGCCCACGUGGUCGUGAAGUACCUCAGCCCGUACUUGAAAGAGGGCCGCAUUGCAUCCAAGGAUCUUUUCAAGUCGCUGGCGCGAAACCUGACUCACAGUUUGCUGGAAUCCAGUAAAACUCUUCCAGAAUCGCAAUUAAAAGCCGCAGUCAGACUGGCGAUUAAGAACUUGUUCAGUGAAUGCAAGACGUACGGAAGCGAUGCUGACUGGGAGAAGUUUGUUAAAUAAGCAUCGAGGUCAUUCAGACGAGCCGAGAAGUUUCAACUUAUUACUCGUGGAGAUUUUCACCAGUAGAAACAACCGUUCAUCAUUGGAAAAAAAGAUAUUAUUAUAUGGAAAGCGAACCCCCUUGGAAAAAUUUCCAAAAAUAGUCUCUAUGAAAUAAAUACCCAAGACGAACGCAGAAGCGAGUUUUAUUAGAGAUCCUUUUAGGUGUCUUAAAGGGACUUUGUUAAAAGAAUGAAGCACAAUCUCUUCGAAGCCCUUCCAUGAAACCUCUGAAAAGAACUUUCUCGUUUUACGAUUUCUUGUCUUUGUUGUAUUUUCCACGGGAAGAAUUAUAAUUGUAAAAAAUUCCAAAAAGUCCAGGAUAUAUGCACCCAAGAAGGAGCAAAUGUCCUAUGCUGCGAUCGUUCUGACCUCUGCCACGCUAUUCGUUUGAGGUCGAGUACAUAGUGUGACAGAGCUUCAGUAAAUAGCGUGACAGAGCUCCAGUACAUAGCGUGACAGAGCUCCAGUAAAUAGCGUGACAGAGCUCCAGUACAUAGCGUGACAGAGCUCCAGUACAUAGCGUGACAGAGCUCCAGUACAUAGCGUGACAGAGCUCCAGUACAUAGCGUGACAGAGCUCCAGUAAAUAGCGUGACAGAGCUCCAGUACAUAGCGUGACAGAGCUCCAGUACAUAGCGUGACAGAGCUCCAGUACAUAGCGUGACAGAGGUCACAAUGAUUGCUUAGGAGACUAGCGCAAGUGGUGCGUCGCUCUUGUUAUUGUUGUUUAAUGCCCGUGUUUUUCGUCAUCAGUUCCGUUUUUAGGCUCCCUAUUUGGAUUUCGACAUUUCUAAUGUUAUCUUGGAUUGUGACUUGAAUUGCUAUGAUAAUAAUGAAAUUGCUGAAGAAAUGAUAUGAGCUCUAAUAUAUUUAUUUCCACCAAAGUUUUGUGAUUUAAAGAGCAUGAGAUGUGAAUUAAAUACUUUGGAUAAAAAAAAA